AUGGCUCUGGAGAAUGGAGACUCCGGGAAAGGGACGUGGAAAAAGCAAGUCGACGACAUCAAGAAAAUAUUUGAAUUGAAAGAGAUCCUCGGAACGUGAGUGUGUUAUUUCUUAACAUUUUCAAAAGCCCUAUUGUUGUCAAUGCUAAUUGGUCAUGAAUUUACAUCUGGUGAGCAGCGGUAGGCCUCUGAAACUUUGUUGCCGAAUGUAGCGGGACGCUCGCGCUGGAUACUUUGUAUCCGUUUCGGUUUAGGGACUGUUCAGUUCACCGUUUAACUGGAAGCCAGCAGAGAUGUUAGGCUAUCUAUGACGGGCUAUUUAACGGACUGUAGGCUAGCGUUAGCCCAUAUCUCUGGAUGAGACGAGUGUUCGUUGGGUACGCUAUGAUAGAGAAAUAUCCAAUGUCACUUUUUGUAGGCUAGCCUAUGUCAUUCCAAAUUAUGUGACACAGACUACCCUGUGAAAUUAGGGAAAGCUAUGAGGCCUAUUGUAGGCUAAACUAUGUAGGAACUGUUUUACAAAAACCUAGACAGUAGCCUAUGUCUAAAUAAGGGGGUCUCGUGCGUUUUAGUCCAUUAUUUUACAACCGGUUAUGCAUGUCUUGUUCAGUUGGCUCUGUUUGUUGUUAUAUGCAGUCUUGGCUAUUGUUUAAAUUAGCCUACUACAUUCAUCCUCACUCUCUGCCCCGCCCCACGGCUCUGACAGGUCCAGAUGUGCCGCUAUCUAUCAUAUGAAUGAUCUUUGGAGACGCAGGCAGUAAAACACUGAUAUCAAUUGAGACUCCGACCUUAUAAAAAUUGAUUUGACCAGUAGCGAGUGGUUAUCAUGGUUUUCUGUGUUUAUCUAAUCCAGAAUUAUUUAUCGGUCACUGUUUAAAGCCUAUUUAUCACUAGGCCUGUUAGGCCUACGGUGUAACUAACCUCAUACAUGAAAGAUUGGUUUUGGUUUGACAGCAUCAUAACGGUUAAUUUGCAACCCAUGUGAACAGUUUGUUCAGGUGAAAUGCUUGGCCAAAUGCCCCAGCCUCUUGUUGAAGACCGUUAUGCCUACCGGACGGUGCGGUGCUGUAGGCUAUAGCAGAUUUUCUCUCUGGCGCUGGUACUUCGUUCACACUGGCACAGAGGAACCGUUUGUUGACUGGACAGGCAGAAUCGAGGGAGGACCGUUGGAUUAAAACGGAUUAGCGGGCCAGGGAAAACCUCCUGGUCCUGGAAUAGGCCACUGGAACAGUUCAGACAUGUUGCAGUAAGAGUGAUGGUAAUAAAUUAUGAUAAUAAUGAUUACAAGUUUUCAACAGGUCAUUUCAGUGGGCAAUGUGUCGUGGUUAUUGAGUAUAUUAAUAAGGUUGUGGAGUGGUUCUGCAUUGUGUGUGCAUGAUGGCCUUUGCAGAAUUCCAGGUAUGCCCAUUUGGAGCAGAGGGCGCAUAAAUCAGGCUUAAAGGUCAUGUCUGAUCCUUAUUCUUCAUAACUCAGCAUCAGUUUCACUGAACUCAACAAAGAGGAGAUCGGAAUUUCUACUGUGUGCCUGGAAUUCAAGUAACAGAUGGAAGUAUGGACAGGUGCGUUUGGGUGGGUGUGUUUUACUGAUGGACUAAUGGGGGGUCACUCAGUUGCUAUGCUUAUAGCUCAAGUCUCCCCUGUGUUGCCAUGGUGUUUAUGUCCUAGCACUGUUCACAGCAUGACAAAGACACUGAUUGGGGUUAUUUACAAAAUAUUUCCAGAGGUGCUGUUUAUCCCCUUCACACACGCACACACACUGGAACUGAAGACAGGUUUUCUUGUGUAUGCUGGUGUUUUGUCUGCACACUUCUGUGUGUUGUUCACUGGGUCCUCCAGGUCCCUUCCUGGUGGAGACCUCUUUCUCUGUGACUGCUGACUUUUGUUUCCUCAGGGGCGGGGCUCAGGGAUCUGUCCUCCCGUCUGGUCCCUGGCAACACAAAGGCCUUCUGUGCACGCACGCGCAACACAAAGGGCCUUCUAUGCACACACACACACACACACACACACACACACACACACACACACACACACACACUUGGCCUUAGGCUAUAAGUACGACCUGGAAUUUGUCUUGGUCAGGAAAAAAUUAUCUGCCCUAAAAAUAUUACUCCCACAUUUCAUGUUAACGCCAUAGCAACACAUUAACCAGAGUUCUGCUCAGCGUCAGCCAUUGAACUCCCUCCUGCUGAUGUCUGGUGUUCUCCCCUUUAAUUCUCUAUCAGCAGAAAAAGAAAGGGAGAAAGAGAGGAGGGAGUGAUGGAGAGAGUGACGGAGAGAGGAGUGGAAGAAAGACAGCGUGGUGUCAGGGACAUUGCCUGUAGAGUCUAUUAA